CACUGGUAAGAGUGAGACAAAAACAAAACAUAACACAUAACCUAUAAGAAGUCAAAUUUCAAAAAUCAAUAAUUUAUUUUAAUCUCUAUUUUUAUAAAACAAAAUGAAUUGUUUGUUAAUAUUUGACCAUUUAAACGAUAUAAUUCAUACGAAAUAUAAUGAAGCAUUUGUAGAUCAUAUGAAUAAUUUUGCCAUAGAGCAGGAACUUUUGCCAAAAGGUUCCUGUGAAAAAAAAGUAGAUCCUAAUAUAAUAGUACAAACUUUUUCUCCUAUAGUUACUUCACAUAGAAUUAUGAGUUGUCAGUUUGGCAAUUCUUAUACCUCUAUUAAGUGUGAAGAUAAUUUGGUAAUGUAUUUUGAUGAGUACAUGGGAUAUUUAUUUGUGACAAUAGCUAAAGAAAAAGAUGAAUUUAUGAAAUGGUUUACAAAUAUUUGUGUAACAGUUGUCCGAUACUUGUGUGGUCCAGAUGUUUAUCAAUUGAAGGCCUGUGAUGAAAAAUCAAUUUUAGCAAAUAAACUCAUAGACAGUUGGUCAAAUUUGAUUUCACAUGAUCAGUCAGUUCAUGUGGAGGCAGUUGAGCAACUUUUUAUAAAUCCAGAACUUAGUUCCACUACACUUUGUAUAUUAAGAGAAUCAGUAGAAAAAGUAUUAGUUCAUAUAGAGUGUAAAAAAAUGCAUGCUCUUAUUCUGGUACAAAAUAAAAUAUUAUCUUUAUAUUCUAGCCAAGCCGCAAAAGAACUCUCGUCAUCAGAUAUUUUAUUUCUAAUAAUUUUAUGUGAAAGUCUGUCCAUUGCUAAAAUCGAUUCCGCAUCAAGUUCGAAAAAAAUAUCAAGUUAUCAAGUAUUACUUUCUGGUCCAGAGGAUACACCAAAAUGUCUCCCACAUGCCGUACAUAUUAUGUCGCUUUCAAAUGGUAUAUACUUGGUUUAUCUGGUGGAAAUAGGAAAUUCCGCAGUCGCAGCAAGUUUAUAUGAAUGCUUUUGUCAUUUACACACUAUGCAACAGAUACAAAUUCAAAGAGAAAAAAAGACGAUACAACCAGCAUACGAAAAUCUAGAUUUAGCUAACAAAAAGCUUCAUGAAAGCUUAAAAAAAUAUAAAAAUACUGCUGUUGAUAACUGCCAUAAACAAUUAGUAAAAAAAUGGGAGAUUAUCAAGAAAAAGUAUCAAGAAUACAUAAAAAAUAGUUCCGAAGAAGCUUUACUUAGGGCAGAAACAUUGUGUUUGGGUUUUUUGGAAAAUCUGAAAGAAUUAUUAAAUCUGACUUCUGUAGAUGAUAGCAUAUUAAAUGCUAGUGCAAAGUAUGCGAUCGAAGCAGCCGUAGGAGUUAAAGAAAAAUUAGAGACUUAUGAAGAUUUUUUUAAAGCAAAAAGUAUUAAAAAUUUUUCACUUGGAUCUAGAGAUUCCCUAACCAUCAACAAGUAUUUAGAAGAAUUCCCUGGUUUAGUGCAUUUUAUAUACGUUGAUAGGAAUAUUAACAGAAUAACUACGCCCACAUUGGAUUUAGAAACACCAGAAGGAUUGUUUAAUAUAAAGAAGGUAUUUUAUAUGAUUGAUGUAGCCAAAGAUAAAUUGCAAAAAGGCUUAAUUCAAUUUAUUUGGAAAGAUGAAAGUUUUAGUUAUGCAUAUUUUUUAUGGUUUGAAGAUAUAAACGGACAAGGUCUAAGACCAACAGUUUCUCCUAAAGAAAUUGCUGGGUGGCCCGGUAUAUUGUGUGAAAAUUUUUAUCAGAAAUUAAAAAAAAAUUGUUUUCCAAAGACACCUCCAUCAAAAAUUAAGUGUUAUGAGGUUUUCUGUCUUCAUUUGGGUCUAGCAACUGCUUCAGUAGUCUUAGAGCACACCAGAAGACUUGCAGCUACUAUAUGUGAGUUGAGGGGGUUUCCCACACAAGCUGUUAACUUCUUUUAAAGUGGUAUUUUAUUUACUGAUAUAUUAAUUUUUACACAUUUUUAAAUUUAUAACUUUUAUAAGCUGCGAUUAUUUAUCCACAUCAGAUGGCAUCCCCAGAUGUGAAUUUUUGAUCACGUAAUUUAUGAUUAGAUUAAAAUCUAGAUGUAAGAUGUAAUAAACGCUCUAGACGUAGUGGUCACGUGAAUAAAAAUGAUUUGUCCACGACCACUUAAUAAUAAAUGAAUAUUCUACCUCCUAACUAAAAGCAUAUGGUACCCAUAUAUCACUAGAGUGAAUUAUGAUAAAUCACGCUUUUGUAAUUCUGGCAAUUUCCGGUAGAUAACUAAAGAUGGGCGAUACUUUUCAUAACGAUAUAUUUUCUAGAUCGAAAAAUCAGAAAUUCGAAAAAUUGGAAAAUUAAAAAAGCGAAAGAAAAACCGAAAUAUCGAAAAAUCAAAAAAUCGAAAAAUUGAAAAAUCGAAAAAUCAGAAAUUCGAAAAAUUGUAAAAU